AUAAACUUCAAACUUCAAAAGCAGACUGUGGACCGGAAAGUACAUAUUGUUAAACAAGAUGAUCAACUAGUUUUAAACCGGAUCAUCUCAGAGAAAGAGGGAGUGAAGACACAAACCCACACAUUUCCACUGAGCUCUCUAAAGGGUUUUGUGUCUGAGGCAUCCAACUUAAUGAUCCUGCGUAUACUGGCUCGGCAGAAGUCUGUUCCAGAAAACAUGACAUUCCUGUUAUUUGAUGCAGAUACUGCACUUUCUAAGUCAGUUUAUAGAGCACUUGGGUGCAAGAAGCAGAUGAUUGGGGAAGAGUUAGUUGAUAUCUUUGGGAUUGAAAGGACUGUGUCCUCUUCAAAGGACUCCUCAGGGACUUGGCAUUGCUAUUUCUUGCCUGAUGGGCACCUAGAAAGCAGAGUGCAGUUGGGCUCAACUGUGAUUAUGAAGCUCCAGCAUUUGCCUUUCUUGCUCGAUGGAGUGGAGAAAGACCAGACUCCUGUGUUUGAGAAGAAGCCUCUUAUCUGGGAGGAAGACAUGGAGCUUUACUCAAAGUUUCUUGACAGAAAGGAAGAACUCAAAGCAGACUACUCCUCCUACAUCAGACAACACCCUGAGAUAAAGGCUUUAUUGGGGGACUUCCUGCAAUUUCUGCUGUUGAGGAAACCUCAAGAUGUUUUCUCAUUUGCUUUUGCACCCUUUGCCUCUCAAAGUACUCCAGGAAAAUCCCUUAAAGACUCUCAAAACUUUCCACAGGAAUAACAAACA